UCUGGAAGAAUAACGUAUAUGAUUUGAAAGAAUAUCAUAAGAGAACUUUCUAGUUAAACCUCCAUAUAGAUUUUUUUAGUUAUAAACCAAUGUCUAUUUGGAAAAUGCAUUUUAUUACAUGGAUUGCGUUUUUACUAUAUAUUUUUAUAUCCUUAUAAAGCUGACAAAAAUCAGAUGUGGAUACUCUGUAUGAUAUUACAAUAAAAAUAGGAUUUCCCAUAUCAAGAUUCAUCGAAUCUCUUCCAAUUAGUAAAAAUAUUAUGUUUCCUUGAAACAGAAAACCUAUAAACAGAAUUAAUUUCCAGAUAUGAAAGUUUCUUGGUAUGUUGCCUUUUUGAUGAAACAUUGAAUGUAGGAUAUGUCAUGAAACAUGAUCAUGAUAAUAAUGCAAGAACUUGACAGAAUCAACGAGUAAAUCUUCUCUUGAUUUUCCAUGUUUUACAACUCCUACCUUUAUAGUCUACACACAAACAUAAAACAUAUAUACACACACAUGUGAAUAUAUAUAUAUAUAUAUAUAUUAAGAAUCAUACUCGUAGACAACUAUACAUACAUAUAUCCAAUCCCUUGUACACUUUUGUUUUGUGGGUAAAUUUUUUUAACGAUGGCUCUUGUCGGGAAAAAUGGGUGGCAAAGCUUGUUCGUAAGCAUUUGCAUGGGCAUGCUAUUAGUGAUGUCUCGUGGAAUUGAGUGUGCAGAAUAUGGCGAAGCCCUCUCGAAGAUCUUUUUGUACUUCGAAGCUCAACGUUCCGGGAUAUUACCUCCCGGCCAACGAGUUGAAUGGCGCCGAGAUUCUGCUCUUCGCGACGGCUCUGAUUCUCAUGUAGAUCUUACCGGAGGGUACUAUGACGCGGGGGACAACGUAAAGUUCGGGUUUCCGUUGGCGUUCACGACGACAAUGUUAGCAUGGAGUAGCAUUGAAAUGGCGUCGCAGUUGAAUGCAAACAAGGAGAAUGGAAACGCACUCGACGCUCUCAAAUGGGCAACCGAUUAUCUCAUCAAAGCUCAUCCCGAACCGGACGUCCUCUACGGACAAGUCGGCGACGGACAUUCCGACCAUGCUUGUUGGCAGAGACCGGAGGACAUGACCACUCCUCGUCCUUCUUUCCGUAUCGACGCUCAGCACCCUGGCUCUGACCUCGCGGCCGAGACAGCCGCCGCCAUGGCCGCAGCUUCCAUUGCUUUCUCUCCGGAUAACCCUAAAUACGCUGAAGAACUCCUCCGUCACGCCAAAGAGCUCUUCGAUUUCGCCAAGAAUCAUCCCGGUCUCUACCAGGACUCUAUCGUUAACGCGGGUGCCUUCUACGCAAGUAGCGGAUCUGAUGAUGAGAUGCUUUGGGCCGCGGCUUGGCUCCAUCGAGCCACUGGUGAUCAAACCUAUCUCAGUUAUCUGACCGAUGCCUCCAAUGCCGGAGGAACCAGGUCCGUCUUCUCGUGGGAUGACAAGUUCUUGGGGGCACAGGUCCUAGUCGCUAAGGUGAAACCCUAUUCUAUAUUGUAUGUUUACGUGAAAGAGAAGAACGAGGGGAAGCUGGCGGAAUACAAGAGCAUGGCCGAGCAGUUUAUUUGCGGUUGCGCACAAAAGGGCCCAAACAAUAUAAAGAAGACACCAGGAGGAUUGCUAUGGUUCCUGCCAUGGAACAACCUUCAGUACGUAGCCACUGCUUCAUUCGUCUCCUCGGUCUAUGCCAAAUACCUAGACGAUGCCAAAACCUCCAUCAACUGCCCCGGUGGCGAACUCAAACCCUCCGAUCUUCUCGAUCUCACCCGUUCCCAGAUGGAUUACAUAUUAGGUUCGAACCCGAAUAAGAUGAGCUACAUGGUAGGGUUCGGGUCGAAUUAUCCGAAGAAACCGCACCACAGAGGAGCAUCCAUUGUGUCGAUAAAUAAAGAUGCGAGUCCGGUGACGUGCCAAGGAGGCUUCGACCAAUGGUUCAAUAACCCUUCUCCAAACCCUAAUGUUCUCGAAGGCGCAGUGGUCGGAGGUCCCGACGAGAACGACGCAUUUACCGACAGCCGAUCCGACUAUGAGCACAGCGAGCCAGCUCCCGUGACUGUUGCACCUCUCGUCGGCGCAUUAGCCGCCAUCGCUUGAUUGAUCUUUCUGAUUACGACGACUCAUGGACCUUGCAUAUGCAUUGGUUCGCGUCGUGUGUUUGCAUGCUAAAUGAAUGUAUCUCAUUUUCAAUAUUUGGCUUUUAUAUAUAUAUAACAACUUGAUAAUACAAGUUUUGCAAAUAAAGGAGAAGAAGGGAGAAAUAAACUUUCUAAAU